GGCAAUUUGCAGCAAUGUCCGAUUUCCCAAACGUAAUCGGCGCAAUUGACUGCACUCAUAUUGCUAUAAGGGCUCCAUCUGAACAUGAGUUCGCUUACGUCAACCGCAAGCACGUGCACACUAUUAAUGUUCAAGUUAUAUGUGAUGCCCAUAUGAACUUGACAAACAUAGUGGCACGUUGGCCUGGUGCAACACAUGAUUCCUUUAUUCUGACGCACAGUAGUGUAGGGAACAGACUACAGGCAGGCGCGGGGCGGGAUGGCUGGCUUCUAGGGGACAGUGGAUACCCCCUGAGACGCUGGCUCCUCACCCCAGUUUUGAACGCGCAAAGCGCCGAGGAACAACGAUAUAAUGAGGUCCAUGGCCGUGCUCGUUCAGUGGUGGAGCGCGCCAUCGGCCUCCUGAAGUGCCGGUGGCGCGCUCUGGAUGCGUCGGGGGGAGGCUUUUAUACCAGCCUGCCAAAGUGUGGCAUUAUAAGGGCUUGUGGCGUGCUGCACAAUUUGUCCCAGAGGAACGGCAUCCCUCUCCCCCCCGACCUCCCUCCCCCCGAGCUUGACCCGGAGGCCCAGCCCCCUCCGAGGCAAGUCGGAUUUCAACAGGGUGCACGAGUAUGUGCGGAUGUCAUGCGGCGUUUAUGA